GUUACAAUGUGAUUUGAUUACAAGUGUUGGUGUGUAGUGAUUGCUAGUAACUAGAGAGUAAAGUGUGCGAAUGAAAGAGUGUAUGUGACUUAAUCUGAUCCGAUCAAUCUAUUUGUAGUAAAAAGAAAUCAACCAAUGAUCCUAUUAUUCCGUGAUCCGGCGAAUAUUCCACAUAUGAACGUUGUAGUCCACAUCUUCCGGCUUCAACGUCUUUUAUCUAACAGGUUUGCCCGAGUCUCAAGGAGAAGAAGUCAACUUGAACGUUGGAGACUUAUACCCUUCAAUCUGCACGUGGUUAAAUCAAUUAUUCCCAGGAUAUCGCAUCAGGAUGUUACCAAUAUCCUGAUCUGGUAUCCUGAUCUCAAAUAAACAAUCAAAAGCAGAAUAUUAGUCAGGAUAUAUGUUCAGAAAAUGGCCCACAACAAUUGUCCCCAAAAUAUAUCUGUUGGUAUACCAAUCCAACGGAUAUAUUUUAAAACUUCAUCUCGUAGACCGAGGCAAUUAAUAUGACGGGACUCUUGAAAUGACAAGGUGCAACUUCCCACGCGAUAAAUACUCAAUGGCUAUCUAUGAAACCGCUAUAUCUUCUCUCUUCCUCAUUGAUAUUCAUCCACUCGACCCAGAAAUCCCAAGUAUUUUCUCUCUUCUUUCUCUUUUCUGUUUUUCCUUGUUAAGAUUCCCAAUGGCCAGCCGAACAAGAUCCCACACAGCAGACUCCGUUCCUACCUUUGAAGAACAAGGUCUUCUCAAAGAGCCUGAAAAGGAGGUUUGUUCGUUUGAUAAUGCAGACAUCGCUGCCCUUCGAGCUUCCGGUGCUUUUCCGGUUAACGCAAUCAUACGUCCGUUCGACCGAGAGGUCCGAUCGGACGCUUCUCCCAAUGAAUAGGUGUGCUUUUUGGCUACCCUUUUUCCAUAGGGCUCCGAUAUCCUUUUCCGACCUUUAUUUCCCGCUUUUUUGAACUCACUGGUCUUAGCUAUUCCCAAACCAUGCCUAUGGUUUGGCGUGUGCUCGUCACCUUGGAUCAGAUCAGGUCUCGUCAUUCCCCUGACCUUUGCAUUGAGGAUCUUCCCGUCGCAUACCGUCUUCCUUCUCAUGGCAACAACCGCUUUCUUCUUUUCUCCACUUCCAAGAACCCCCUUAUCCUCAAGGCCACAAAGAAUGAGGAUAAAUGGCAGCGGAAAUUCUUUUUCGUUAAAAGGGAUUCCAUCACUAAGGGCUUUGACCUUCCGGUGAGAUGGUUAACCUCUGGUAGGACUUAGGGUUUUAGGAAUAUCCCCAAAGUUAUCUUGAGACUGUAUCCUAAAUUUGACAUUUUUAUUUUCUGUACAGCAAACUUCAAGGAGCUAGCCCCUCUGUCUGCAGAAUCAGAGCAAAGGAUCAAAGAUAUCUACCGGCUACCAGAGAGUGAAAGAACCUUUCCCUGUCCUUCGCUAGUUCAAGUCAAAGAUCAAGUUCCGAAAUGUUUGUGCUAGUCAUCAAUCUUGAGGGUUUCCAACUUGACGAGCUGGAUAGUUACUCUGCCCCUGUGCAAGUCAAGCAAGAAGUUAAUCCCAAACCAGCAGUCACAUCCAAGCCUACCAGUUCCAAGGCUGCCGCUGUCCCCAAGCCAUCUACUACUUCAAAGCCACGCGGCUCUAGUUCUCGCAAAAGGAAGGAACCAGACUCUCCUGCUGCCUCGGAUGUCUUCCCUUUUGAGAAUCGUGGGUUCUCAGAAUCCAGCAAGUUCAUGACUGGCUUUCUCAACCAGGGCCUUGAGCGGCUAGUGUUUCUCUAUGAGGAUGCAUGCGGACUGAACAAGAUGUUAGAGGCUAAGUUGAAGAAGGCUGAACCCACCACUGCGGACCAAGCAGCAAUUGCCACCGCCAAGUCCGAGCAUUAUGAGGCCAAGUACAAGGCCAUGACCCAAGAUCACCAAGCCGCCAUCAAGAAGAUUACUCACGAGGCUCAAGCCAAAUCUGAUGUUGCCCAAGUCAAACACGAGCAUGACAUGGUCACAUACCGAUAAAGCCUCAAGAACUCUGUGGUUGUCUCCCUCCUUCAGGCUAGAUUGAAAAUGUCCUAUGAGGCCAAGGCCUUGGGAUUCGAAUGCCCCUCGUGGAAUAUAGAGGCUUGGGAGGUGAUACUGAAGGAUCUUGGCGGCAAUCCUGUGGAGCAUCAUGUGAAACCUGUUGCUGGAGAGCCUGCUAAAGUGACUGAGGAUGUGGUUGAUGCCAACGUGGAUGCUGGUGGUGAUGCUGGAGGCGAUGCCGGGGCGGAUGUCGAUGAAGCGAUGAUUGAAGAGGGUGCUGCCCCUUUAAAGCAGCAAAGUGGGCAAUGAUGGAUAUAUGUGCCAAGGCCGGAGCCCACUUUUUUAUGUUUGAUGGUUGUGGCUCUUGAACAAUUUAUUUUUCAUGUCUUUGAACAAUUUACCUUUCCUGCAUUAGAAAAUUUGAUAACCAAAGGUGGAUGGGUCCUGGGUUUCAGGAUGAAGCCCUUGGUUAUCAAUUAGUAUAAUUUAUUUUGGACAAUACAACGGUUGGAGGUGAAUGGGUCUCGGUUUGAGACGAAACCUUUAAUCGUUGUGUAAAUAUGGUUAUGAACCUAUUGUGCU